AUGCGGCACUGGAUUCUUGCUCUUGUUCUGCUGGCAGCUCAGCAAUGUAGUGCCACAGUUCGAGUUUUAUCAUCCGUUGCAAACGAGACCUUCACAGACCGCAACGGAGCUUUUGGAGUAAAGAAUACUGGUAAUGUCAUAGGCUACCUCAUUGCCGCUAGCAGUUUGUCCAGUGAUAGGAAUGAAGGGGGGUGUAUGCCUGUCGAAUCUCCAAUUCUGGACGUCCCGGAAUUUGGUUGGGUCGCUCUGGUCCAACGAGGAGAAUGUAGCUUUGUCGAAAAAGUUAGAAGCAUGAUGCGCUCGGGUGCAAAAGCUGUGAUUGUCGGCGACAACCAACCUGGAGAUCUAAUAACCAUGUACUCUCAAGAGGAUACAUCGGAUGUUAUCAUUCCAUCUGUAUUUAUAUCAAUGUCUUCCUAUCGAGACCUCAGAUUCCUAUCACAAUUCACAGAAAAGAACUCUGGCCUUCAAUUACAAAAGCAUGGAAGAAUUCCACACUUGUUGGUCGAAUUGGAAAAGAAUGAAAACGACAUACCUUUAGUAGAUUUAAUACUCAUUGCCGUAUUGAGCCCGCUCUCCAUCGUGUUCUGUUUGUGUGGACUCUGGCAGAUAAUAGUACAUAGAAGAAGACGGCAGCAGGCUGCUGUAGCACCUCAAUCCACUAGACAGACCGUGGGUAAUGAGGAAUUCAUCACAAACCUGCCUAUACGCAAGUACAAUAAGAAGGUGGCGGAUGAUGGAGAUAGUGACGAUGAAGAUGUCUGCGCCAUAUGUCUGGACGACUAUGAAGAUGACGAGGAGCUGAGAAUACUUCCUUGCUUCCAUGAGUUUCACGUCAAGUGUAUUGAUCCUUGGUUGCUGACACGAUCAAGCACCUGUCCUUCCUGCAAGGCUGAGAUUGCCCCCGAACCAACGGAGACUACUCCAUUAUUGGACGUGAUUACUGAAGAAGUGACAGUGCCGUUGUCUGUUGUUGAGUCUACUGGCCCUCUCAGUAGUAGUAGCAGCAUUGUGCCGUCAAUGUCUUCAGUUUCCUGCCGAGACGCUUUCUGGGUUUGGGACAUGUUGAGAGCCUUCAAGUUGGGAAAGAGAGCCUUUUCGACCGUCUCUGCCGUUAGUGCAGCCAAAGAAUCGGUAGCUAGCCAUCCUUUCAUUGGAGAUCUGGUCGAGAUUCGACGGAGGGGCAGAACGUAUCAAGGUGUAAUCGCCGGCGUAGAUUCGCAUGGCUAUAAAUCGAUCUUGAUCAAUGGGCAGCUGCUAAGUCAUUCAAAAAAAGAGAUCUCAUAUCGCUCUGAAAAAUGGGUGUUUAGUAGCUCUGUGCAGAAGAAUCGUAUAGUAAGUCCUCCUCCUUCUUUGGAUGCUAAGGUACUAGUGGAUCAGAAUAGUCUCCCGAUAUGGCUUCCAGGCAGCAUGGCUGCAUUCAGAAAAGCUGUUGAUCAAACCACAGUCAACCACAGUGUCAGAUUUAAGCAGGUUUAUGCCCAUUUUCGUAAUUUGAAAGAGGACAUUGUAUCUGUGGACGAGGUCGCUGAAUUCGUCUUUGGUGAAAAUGGACCGACAAAUCUAGUCAAACACUACGCAUCACAUGUGUAUCUCUCACGAUCCUUUGGUACAUUUGCUCCCAUACCCAAUACCUCAAACUUUAGCAUCCUAAACACGUCUGAACAGGGGAUCUUGACACAUCUUGGUAACAUAACAUCCACCCCACUGACACCACAUCAGCUUCCCAUGUCUCGAAAUCAACAUCCAGACCUAAAGGCAUUUUUGGACAAGGCGAAAAUAUUGAUAAAGUGGUCAAGAAGUCGUAAUCAGGCCAACCUGUCAGAACCACCUCCAGCCAUCACUUUUACCAUGGAAGAUCAUCCAUUAAUAUCAGCCCUUGUCACUUACGCUACAUCGACGGUCGAAAAUGAUCGUGCCAUAUAUGGAAGAGCUUUAGAUAGAGGUGUAUUUCAGCCGCUAGAGCCAGAAUUUUAUCCUAGAAUGAGACGAGACCAUACUUUGGCUGCUCUCUUGCUAAAAGAAAUUGGUGUAUGGAUGCCAUGGGAGUCAGGACAUGUGUUUAGAGGAUGGAAUGGCCUUUCGCCUUUGGAAGGUCUUGAAGGAACAGGAAAUUCAUCUUGGGCUGACCCAUGCUGGGAUAUUAUGCAACAGUAUGGCAAAGAAUUGGUAUCUCCCAACGAAAUUCGUAAAUCAGAUGAUCGCGUAGCCAGUAUACCAGAUAGCAUCACAGAUAAUUUUAAAGCCAGCCGUCCCACGGAUUCUUCGAACUUAAAAGAUGUUGCAGAAAUGCUACGGAAUAUCGUAGUUACCAGUAAGGAACCAACAGACUUAACAUUUUUCGAAACCGAUCCGGCUCUCUCAAUCCGCCACGACUUCGGUGAUAUGCCCGUUUUUGUGAUUGAUGAUCCGUUAGCUCACGAGUUAGAUGAUGGUAUAUCUAUCGAAACCACUAUAAAUAAAGAACGUUGGAUUCACAUCCAUAUUGCCGAUCCGUCUGCUUAUGUACCGCCCAACUCUCUAGUUGCAAUGAUUGCCCAAGCACGAUCAACAUCUGUAUAUAUACCAGAAAAAGCCUACACCAUGUUUCCUCAAUCCCUGUCAACGGAACGCUGGGACUUGCGAAGUGGCAAAGUGUGUCCGGCGCUUACCUUCUCAGCAAAGUUGGACAGCUAUGGAGAUAUUUUAGACAUACAGGUCCGAGCAUCCUUGCUGAGAAACAUCAAGGUAAUAAGUUAUGAUGACGCAGACAAGAUACUGAGCUGGGAAGAGGUUCAUCAAUUUAAAUCACGAGAGCGAGAUCCUCUUGUUGAUUUCUACCUCCAAAAGAACCUGACACGUGCUUCAAAACCAUUUGAUGGUCAACUGGAUCAAGUUGAAAGAGAAAACUUGUUGGAAAUACAAAGGGCGGUCUUAUCGCAUCAUUCUGAGAGGGUGCGACAAGGCUCCCUGCAAGGAACUCAACUAGAUUUAGAUAUAAGACUUCUUCCUUCAGAUCUAAAUCUACCAUCUAGUCAGUCUGGUCGCCCGGAUAGACCGAUAUACCCCACUAUAUUUCCAACAAUCCGUUUGAAGACCAACGUACUGGGUCUAUCACCAUCUCAUAGUCUUGUAUCAGAAAGCAUGGUGUUGGCCGGCCGAAUUGCUGCGAUAUUUUGUACACAAGCCAACCUUGCAAUCCCGUAUAGAGGACAGCAAAAUCCCUUGAAUGUAGAAUCUUCUAUAGGUACCACACCCGAAUUUAAAUCUCAGAUUAUCGACUCUGCCCUUAACAAUAGAGAUCCUGUGUCUGGUCUUGUCACAAGGGCUUCAUACGAUGCCUUGGCACAUCAUCUACCACCAGCCGAAACUUCACUACAGCCGCAGUCACACUUUGCCAUGGGUCUGAGGGGACAAGACAGUCCAUCGGGUGGUUAUCUGAAAGUAACGUCUCCGCUACGCCGCUAUAUGGAUUUACUCGUACACUAUCAAAUCAAAUCCGUAUUGUGCAAAUCGGACGCCUAUCCAAUGAUGUCACCUCAAGACGUAAUGAUUAUAAUGGAACGAGCUCGUGGUAUUGAGAGGGCAGCUAGACAACUGUCAACUCGUUCUCAACGAUGUUGGGGUCUGGAAUGGGUUAGACGCCGUGAGUGUCGCAAUAUUGAUCAGGGUGCGAAUGUCGAUGGAAGUGGUGUUGGAGUCAUAGAGGGUGAUGAUGACGAUGAGACCAUGCAGAUGCAAGAUCCGGUAGAAUACUCUCCAUAUCACGCACUAUCUCCCAAGCUAGCCGGAAGGCCGUAUCGUGCCAUGAUCAUCGGCCACCUUGAGUAUGGGGUUGUACGUGUACGUCUACUGGAUGUAGGAGGCAUAGUAGGGAUUGUUGUUUUGAACCCGAUAUUGCCGAUAGAUACAACAAUUUUGCCAGCAGCCUUUUUAUACUUGAAAAUGAAGCUGUUUGGAUGCAAGAAGGCAUCGUCUCAUAACAAGGCUCAUCAUAGCAAGCCCCAGACAUCAACACCCUUUUGGGUUCGAAGUUUGGCAAUAACAGAUGAGACUAGCAAGGAGAACGUCAAGUCUGAUGAUGAUAUUGAUGAACUGAUUCUCAUGGGAACGAACUCGGUAUCAUCAUCCAUCGUCGGCUCGCCAAAGCUGGUCGACGACCAACUUCCGCAACAAGCUCGUUCUCCUGUUAGUAGUAUUGCAAAGACUCCCUUCGUUGUGGAAAGCAACAUGUUCGCAAGGAUUCCCAUCAGUGGAGGAAAUACCAUACUCAGUGACACUACUCUGGAAUCUUCUGAUUCUUCGACUUUGGUGGAUGACGUGGCGAAACAAAUUCUAUCAAUCACAACAACGUUUCUUGUCGAUAUUGUCUACACUGAAAAAUGUUCGCCAACAGCCAAUGUCAUUGUAACAGGCCCAUUUGAUAAUUUCUCAAAGACUUUGGUUAUGGAACGAAAUGAAGCUGGAAAACAUCAUCUUACCAUCCAAGUUAAUGGAGCCAACAAGAUAUUCUUCAAAUUCUUGGUGGAUGAAAAAUGGAAGUUAUCCAAAAAGUUUGCAGUCGAGGAAGACGGGACGACUGGAAACUUGAUGAAUGUGAUUGAUAUUUCGUGCCCUAUGCAAGUGUCAUCACCAGCUCAUAGUGCACAGACGAAAGAUAUACCUGUAUCACCCAACCAAACAGCAACUCCCACAAUCAACGAAGAAGAUAACAAGGAUGGUGAAAACGAUAAUGAUGAUUCCAAGUCUAUUGUAUCUUGUGGUUCCUCUUUGAUACCCUCAGAUGCUUCAGAAUCAGAAACUGAGCUUCCCGUGAAACGCGGUCCUGGACAUAGUCGACCUACUUCGAUUGUCUCAGCUGUCGAACCUCAAGCUAAGGCUGUUGCUCGACCAAUAUCGCUACCGUCAGCAUCUCGUAUAUCCUUGUUGAAACCAGACCAGUUAGUUUCACGAGGAUCGAAAGCACCCCCAACUCCUUCUCCAGCCCUUCCUCGAGCCAGUUACGCAUCGCAUCGAAAGUCUCAACCAUUGGUUAAUCGAAACUCUCUAAUCGAUUUGGCUGAACAACGACGAGAUAUGAAUCGAAUAAUGAAUCGAAACAGUGGUGGUCCUUUGCUGGGACACGUCGAUCCCAAUGUUGGAAAACCUACAUUUGAAACUGGUCUAAUGGGUCAAAUCAGUCAACAAGAAAUUGAUCGCGAAAACCGCAAGAGUGCAAUGGUAAAUCGCAUGUCAGCUCGUCCACAAUCUAUGACUGCUCCACCGCCUCAAUUUCCUUAUACUCAUGGUCCAUCGCCUCAAUUUCCUUAUAAUCAUGCUCCAGGUCUUCAAGGAUCUUAUUAUGGCAAUCCCAACGUUCUUCCUGUCCCGCAACCUGCUUAUGCAAUGUCUUAUGUCCCAUACGCUGACGAUGCCGCCAAUGAUAUGUCAGAAACAGCUUCAGCAAUCGGACGCCAAGAAUUGAAAAAUGAAUGGUUGCAACGCGAACGAGCCAAGAAUGCAGACCAGUCACCAGCAAACAUGGCCAGAAUCUCUGUUGGCAGUAGUAAAGGAAUACCAUCUCAAGGAAUACCAUCUCGCUUAUCACAACAGCCAACAACUCUACCUAGUCGCAAGUCGGCCAUCAUGCUAACUCAUCCCAGGAUUCCAAGUGAUGAGUCAGGCACCACUGAAUCCAGCACUACUGAAGAUUCAGAUUCAGAAGACGAUGAAGAAGACAUUCCCUUGGCAAUUGUCUCGGCUAGCAGAAAUGACAGCAAGACUGCAUCGGUUGUCGCAUCAUCAUCUCCAUCUGCUGGGAAUAAACAGAGCCUCUAUAAUAGAUCAUCACCAGAGCUAUCCCAACAAAACUCUUCCGGAGCUUCGUCAUCAGCAGUGCUUGUAUCUUCAAAAUCUUCAACUACUCAACCUUCUGGUGCUGUAAUGGAUGAUUUGAUGGAUGGGUUUAUCUCGAAAAAGCUUUAUUUGCUUGCACAUCAAACUGUUCCACGUGUUGAAAUGUAUGCCUGCUUCAUCAAGCACGUUUGUGAGGCAGAUGCAAAUUCAACAGGAGUGCCAUCAAUUACUGAGUUUGAAGCUAGUCUUGAAGAAAAUGGAUUCAGUAAACGGGUCAAGGAGGGAAACAAAGAUAUGGCAGUCAAGAAUGUGGAAGUAGAGCCAAAGACGCCAAUUGACGAAGAUAUCAAAUCUUCUGGUUGGUUUGUACGUGAUCUACACGUUCUUAAUGUCUACUACUCUGUAUCUGACACGAAAUUCACCAACAUCAAAAAGCAACCAUUGGCGGACGUUGCUGACUACUGGAAGAAUGAACUGGUCGCCUAA